CUCCCCACUGACGAAGUUAAGUUUUCCUAUAUAACCUAAACAGGCUUUGCUACUUCCUCACCUGAAAAUUUGGAACGAAAUUUCUAGUUUCCAACUUCCUUUUGCAAACAAGAGAAAAUGGCUUUGGUUGGAGAGGCUUUGCUCUCCAGUUCGAUCCAGGUGCUGUGCGAUAAGAUUGCUUCGGGGGAGUUGAUGGACUUCUUCCGGAAAGAAGACUCAACCAUUCGCUCAUGGACAAACUGAAGGUGACAUUGACAACACUUCAUGCAGUGCUCAACGACGCAGAGGAGAGGCAGAUUGUCGAGCCAGAUAUUGGGAGCUGGAUUAACGAGCUCAAAGAUGCUGUGUUUGACGCCAAGGACUUGGUGGAUGAGAUCGAUACUGAAGCUUUGCGUUGCAAGGCGAGAGAUCAAACUAAGAAAACCCAGGUGUGCAACUUCCUGUCUACCUCUCUUAAUCCUUUUAAAUAUAAAGGCAUGAAUGGUAGGAUAGAGGAGUUAUUUCAGAGGUUAGAACACCUUGCAGACCAGCGAAAUCGCCUUGGUCUUAAACAAGAUAUUGGGCGCAAUGUUUCACAAAGAACUCCCACAACUUCUGUAGUUGAGAAAGGAUUUUGUCCCUACGGUAGGGAUCGAGAUAAAGAAAAGUUAAAAGAUCUACUGUUGCUAUCUGAUAAUGAAAGUAGCAGUAAUUUUUCUGUAGUCCCUAUAGUCGGUAUGGGCGGGGUUGGUAAGACAACUCUUGCUCAACUCCUUUACAAUGAUGAACAAGUUAAAAAGCAUUUCGAUACGAAUGCUUGGGUCUGUGUUUCCGAACAAUAUGACGAUUUGAGGGUGAUUAAGACCCUGAUUGAGCAAACCACUGGGAAAUCUUGUGAUAUCUCAGAUAGGAAUUCCCUUGAAGUUCGACUAAGAGAACAACUAAGGGGAAAGAGGUUUUUACUUGUCCUGGAUGACCUUUGGAAUGAGAGCUAUGAUGACUGGGAUCAUCUACAAAAUCUUUUCACGUAUGGGGCAAAGGGAAGCAAGGUCAUUGUAACAACAAGGAAUAAACAUGUCGCAUCCAUCGUGCACAAUACUAUUCCUAUUCACAUCUUAGAAGAAUUGUCGGACGAGAAUUGCUGGUUAUUGCUGGCAAAACAUGCAUUUAGAAAUGAAAACCCCAGUGCACAUCCAGACUUGGUUGAAAUUGGUAAGCAAAUUGCACGUAAGUGCAACGGUUUGCCUCUAGCUGCAAAAACGUUAGGGGGUCUCUUAAGUUGCAACCUAGACUGCAAGGAAUGGAGUCACAUAUUGGAUAGCAAUCUUUGGGAUCCACUACAUCCUACUAGUAUUCUUCCUUCUCUAAGAUUGAGUUACCAUUAUCUUCCAAGUUACUUGAAACAAUGCUUUGCUUUUUGCUCAAUUUUUCCAAAGAACUAUGAGUUUGAAAAGGAAAAUGUAAUUCGACUAUGGGCGGCAGAAGGUUGA